AUGCUCUCUCGGGCCGGCCACAAGCCCCCUAAAAACCCAAAAACCCACGCCGUAAAGGGGCCGCUGCCCUUCCCUCCUCAUUGCACCUCGGAAACUCAGAGCCACACGAUGGACGCCAUGUCUGUCGGGCUGCUCUUUGGAAGCGUGACCUUCUGGAACUUCGGGGUGCUCUUGUGGCUGCUCGCUGCGGCCCUCCCUGCAGCAUCGGCUGCCAUAGCAGAUGGCAGUCCGUCCGCGCAGCCGGUUCCUGUCAUCCUCGACACAGUCGGAACCUUCAUGGACGACAGCUUCGCGCUCGCGAUGCUGCUGCGCACGCCUCAUCUCGUCCUCAAGCUGCUCGUGACUGCCUCGCACGACGUGGUUGGCCGCGCGAGAGUGGCCGCCAAGCACCUGAGCCUCGUCGGGUGCGACGCUGUGCCGAUCGGCAUCGGCGUGCCGUCGGACAAUGGCACCGGCGCGCUCUUCCCGUGGGCCGCAAAACAAUUUUUCGUUUGA